UAUGGCGCCCGCAACAAUGUGUACAGACGUCCAAAAGGAAAUAUUCACAAAAAUAACGAAUAACGAGGCCGGGGAAUUGAAAUCCCUACUCGCCUCGAGUAAAAUAAAAAUCGACUUUGUGGAUGAGAAUGGCAUGAGUCCAUUGCAACACGCCUGCUACAAGGGAAACAAGGAAAUAGCGCAGAUGUUGUUGGAUCAGGGCGCAGAUGUGAAUGCCUGUCAGCACGAGCACGACUACAAAGCCCUGCACUUUGCCGCCCUGAGUGGCAACGCCGAUCUGUGCCACCUCCUGCUGACCCACGGUGCCAAAAUCAAUGCCACAAACUCAGUGGGACGUACAGCAGCACAAAUGGCAGCAUUCGUUGGCAAUCACAAUUGCGUUGCUACAAUCAAUAAUUACAUACCAAAGGCUGACAUUGAUUACUACGUUAAACCACAGGGAUUACAGACUGAGCCCAUGCUACCACCCCAUCUCGCCGAUUCGUUUCACAGAUUCAUCAUGCAGGUCAACGUGCAUCCGGUGAGGGUUGCCAUUACGUUGCAAAAGUGCACAGGGCUGUUGGAUCAUCUUCCCAAGGUGCAAAAAGUCCUAGAAUCUCUCCGCCAGCGUGAGAUGACGCGCGGUGCCGACACAAACGAAAUAAUGGCGUUCAAAUACCAUUACCUGAGUUGCAUAAUAAACGAGCUCCUAAAAUUGAAAAAGCGCCAAGAAGCGCGAAAGGAAAAAGCUGAGAAAGAUAAAGCCCCGGAGGCGUCCGACAAGCCCUCAACAAAGAGUCAAACGGACCUGGUCGAGCUCUUCAUAAAACAACUACUCAAGUGCAAUAAGAACGAUGCCCUAAGGCCGGAGUACCAGGAGGCCCUCCUCCGGGAAAUUGUCCGGGAGUUUCCCUUCAGGGAGAGCACAAUUUUCCGGCAGAUGAUAGCGACUCUAGCCGGUAGCGACCCCCCGUCGGCCGUCUCCGUAGUGUCGGCCGCCAUUAAUGGCCAACGGGGUUUCGCCGAUUUGUCACAGAUUUGCGUCACCUGCGGGGAGGAGAAGACGACGAAAAAGUGCAGCAAAUGCAGGGCUGUGCAGUACUGCGACAGGGAGUGCCAACGCUACCACUGGUUCCUCCAUAAAAAAGAAUGCGCGAGGGAGGACACCAACACGGGAAGCGAUAAGGGAAAGGUGUCAGAUGCCGAUAAGGCGCAAUUGGCUAGCGCUAUCAAAGAGGAAAUUGAGAAUUUGAGUAUUAAGUAAUUUUGGUUUUUUAAUAAAUGGUGAUUUUUUUUGUUUCA